AUGAGUUCCUUAAAAUCUAUACAACUGUUGAUUUGUAUGUUAGUAUUUUUAAUAUCGUGUUGCAAAGGAUUUAAAGAUCCUUCUUUAGUAAUAAACUCAACAAACUGGUACACAAAUCUUAAAAUCUACGAUGUAGAAAAUGAAAUUCAAAAAAGUAUCGAACAAAUUCAUAACAAGGUUUUUCCUGAGGAUUUAUUAUCGGAAAUUAAUUAUUCUUUGGAAUUUGGAAGUCCGUUUCAUGGACAACUAAUCGAUUCUCAGCUUUCCAAAGACGGACUUUCAGAAAAUCGGAAUGCUGAAAUUAAUUUUGAAGUUUCAAGCAAUAUAAAGAAUACAUAUUGUCUAAAACAUGGGCUUAGUGAUAUACAAUGUGCUAAAGACUUAUCAAAUGUGAAACUAAGUAAGACAUCUCUAGGUGAGAUGUGUUUUUCAAAAUAUUACAAUAAAACUGCGUCGUGCAUCGGAAAGAACUUAAAUUAUCGUGGUCUUGACGGUUAUUGUAAUAACUUGAAACGUUCUUUUUUGGGAACGGCGAUCACGCCUUAUAACCGUUUACUGUUUCCAGCUUACAUAGAUGGUAUUAGAGAGAUUUCAGAAAAACUGCCUAAUCCAAGAAAACUAAGCACCAGUCUUGUCAACGAUGAGCAGUCACCUGACGACGAAAAAUCAAUUGCGAUGGCAUAUUGGACGAUUUUUGUAGGCCAUGAUAUAUCUCGUACGGCGAUAUACAAAUCGGGUAAGAUUAAACAACGGUAGACUAAUACCACCACAUUGGCCAACUGCUGUUAUAAUAAUACAAUAGUGCAAGAUACUCUGAACAAACACGUUAUGUCGUGUAAGCCUAUAAUAAUACCGGAUGACGAUACAUUUUUUAAUUCAAAAUCGCAAAAAUGUAUGAACUACGUACGUUCGAUGCCAGCGGUGCGUUCCGAUUGUACAUUUGGACCAAUGGAACAAAUGAACCAAGUAACUCAUUAUUUAGAUGGGUCGAUGAUAUAUGGUUUGUCGGAGAAGCAGAUGUGGUCGUUAAGAACCAAGUCGGACGGCCUACUGUUGACAGACAAGGGCAGCGAUAAUAAAUACGAAAGCGACUCGAUCGCGUACUUGCCUCUAGAAGACAAAGAAUCGAAUGCGUGCCAGUAUGGUAACAACUCGUGUUACAGGACUGGUGACAUCCGGGCAAACGCGCUUCCUCAACUGACGGUCAUGUACACGUUGUGGAUGAGGGAACACAACCGGUUGGCCAAAGUGCUUUCUUACUACAAUAGGCAUUGGAACGACGAGCGCCUUUUCCAGGAGGCCAGGAAAAUUGUGAUAGCGUCUAUACAGCACAUCACGUACACCGAGUGGUUGCCGGCGCUGCUCGGCGAAAACUACACCAAACACAACGAGUUGGAAAUGUUGAAGGAAGGGUUCAGCAACGCGUACAACGAGACUGCCGAACCGACUGUCAGCAACAGCUUCGCGACCGCGAUACUGCCGUUCGCCAAUUCCAUGCUCAGCGAUAUCAUCAGUUUAUAUCCGGAAACUCGAGAGAUUAACGGAAGUCUUUCGCUAAAGGAACAUUACAACCGGCCGAUUGAAUCAGUGAUGAAUUACAUGGAUCAACUUAUCAGAGGACUGUCUACACAGAAUACACAAAAAGUCGAUAUGUUAUUUACUGAAACGUUAACAAAUUACCUAUACAGUACUUAUCCAGAUAAUUUGUUUGGAAUGGACAUUGUCAGUUUGGCUAUACAAAGAAGCCGCGACCACGGUAUUCCAAACUACAUGGAAUUUAGAAAAUAUUGUGGACUAAAAGACAUAGAAAAUGUACAAGAUUUGUCCCUGAUUAUGAUGGAAGGAUCAGCUGAUAGAUUGAUGAAACAAUACAAAACUUGGAACGAUAUAGAUCUAUUGAUAGGUGCAUUGUCAGAGAAACACGCAGAAGAUGCGAUGGUUGGCCCAACGAUGAGGUGUUUAAUUAGAGAUCAGUUUAUAAGAACUAGAACUGCAGAUAGAUAUUUUUAUGAUUUAGCAGGGAUAUUUAACAAAAAUCAACUGGAACAAAUCAGAAACGUGACACUUGCCAGAGUCUUUUGUGAUAACGGCAAUAAUGUCACAACAAUGCAGAAACAAGCAUUUGUGAAACCGGCUUCAUCUAGUGAAUUGCUACCUUGUAAUUCCGAAUUAAUCCCAGAAAUCGACCUUAUUCAUUGGCAAGAACUGGUCGAUAUAAUGGAAUAA